CCUGUGAGGGUGAUCUCCUCGGGUCAUUGUAGAUUUACCGCUUGCUCUUUCCCUUCUUUUACAGUCUCUCUUUUCUCGUAGCAUGCCGGUCCCAGAUGCUAAAACGCGUAGCAAAAUAAGCUUGAACCCAAAAGUCUUGUCUACUUCUGUUCCCAGUAGACACCUGCCGAAAAUACUGAUUUCAAACGCAUUGUUCGCGACAUCACUACACCUAGGGAAGGAUUGGCUCCUGGAGUACGAUGUAGGCAUCUUUUGGGUCGUGAUGAGAGUGUUGGCCUGCGGUGGUGUGGGCGUUAUGGUUUGGGAGGGCUUGACUGGUCAGCUGGCACGGCGGAAAAAUAUCGAGUGGUCUGCACUUGGAACAGCAUCGUUGCUUCUCUUUGCCCAACAGGCAUGUCUAUUCACGGCUCUGUAUAGGCUCUCAUCCAUACGUGUCACCCUUUUCACCCAAUUUUCUUCACUAUGGGUUGAUAGUGUCCUCAACACGCGUUCUCCUCGGAAGGCUCUCGCAAUCGUCGUAGCCUUUGUUCUCUCCGCCCUUUUAGACGCAGAGUUCGAUGCUGCAAAUUUCGCCCGCUUAAUGCCCGGCUAUGUGGCAUUGCUCAUCCAUGGAGUAUCUUCAGCUGCCCUCGACCACACCCUAGGAGUCAUCACGGUUUCUCUUGGCACCACGUUCACAAUCGCUGCCACCACGCUUGGUGCUUCUAUCUUUGCCCUACCGUUCUACAUCUUUAGGACAGUGCUCACAUCAAACUCAACUCCGGCACUCCCUUUGAUCUCGUUGGCUGCCAUUCCUUUCAUAGCGUAUUCGCUGCUAUUCUUCCAUCCAUUGACUACGCGAUCAUUGGCACAUGUAUCUCCCAUACCGCAACAUGUUGUUCUAUCCUAUCCGUUCACUCUUAUUUUUGCAUCAAUAUUCGGGCCUCUUGCAUUUUCGCAGAUUCCCCGUUGGACGGAUCUCUUCGUGGCUUCCCUAAUCUAUAUCGGUCUCCAACCAGAAAGUAUGGAGUCUAUGACUGCCGCUCCUCGUACUUCUACCUCACGUCUGGUCCGAUCAUACCUCAAGACCAUAUUGUCUAAUGCAGAAUCUCGAAAGAUCUUCUACUUUUUGAUGCUCAAUAUGGCGUACAUGUUGGUUCAAAUGCUGUAUGGUGUGUGGACCAAUAGCUUGGGCCUAAUUUCCGAUGCGAUCCAUAUGGCUUUUGAUUGCAUGGCAAUUGGCGUAGGACUUUUCGCCUCCGUUAUGGCAACCUGGGAACCCAACGAGAGAUAUACUUAUGGAUAUGGUCGUAUCGAAACACUUUCCGGCUUCGCAAAUGGUAUAUUCUUGAUCUUGAUAUCUAUCUUUAUUGUCUUCGAAGCUAUCCAACGAAUUUUGGAACCGCCAGAAAUGAACACAAGCCAGUUACUACUGGUCAGUUCCUUAGGAUUGGCCGUCAACUUGUUUGGGAUGUUCGCCAUGGGCGGCCAUCACCAUCAUGGAGGUCAUUCGCAUUCUCAUGGACACUCUCAUUCGCACUCGGAUGACCACAACCAUGAUGCUCCCCAUCAAUCUCAUAGUAUCUCUCUGCCCAAUGGUCAUUCACACUCACCUUCUACAUCACCUAUGUCACCAGGUCCCCAUUCGCAUUCGCAUAGUCACUCACAUCCACAUUCGCACUCACAUUCACCAGACUGUGAUGUUUCGCAUUCUCAUUUAGAAUCGCCAUCUCUCCAUGUAUCACACGAGGAAUCUCACUCGGAUCCACACCCACAUACAGGAUCGCACUCCGAAUCUGAUCAUUCGCGCUCACACUCCCACAGCCAUUCGCAUUCGCCGCCUCCCCAGGUCAACGGUUACCACUCUCACGGACCCGAGCUUUCGCAUCUUCCGAGUGCGUAUGCAGAGCGUACCAAGCGCCAUGUUCCUCCUUCACUAAAAAUCCAUCCGACAAAUGAUACUUCGGUUCUCUCAGCAAUUGCACCUCACGUUAUUGCAUAUGAUGAUGUCCCUUCGCCUCUUACUCCGACGUAUCGCUUUAGUGAUGAUCAUCAUCUCCAAACGUCUCAUUCUCCUUCAGUUCACCAUCAUGACCACGAGGGGCACAGCGAUAAUAUGCGUGGAGUAUUUCUGCAUGUCAUGGCGGACACCCUAGGCUCUGUAGGCGUCAUCGUUUCAACAUUGCUAAUCCAGGUGUAUGGAUGGACGGGCUUUGAUCCAAUUGCCUCUCUUUUUAUUGCUGUCCUAAUCGCGGGAAGUGUACUGCCUUUAGUCAUCGAUACUGGCAAGGUUCUAUGCUUGGAUGUUGCUGAACGCGAUGUUAAGAUUGAGAGUGCUUUGUCUGAGUUAACAUCUAUUGAAGGUCUCGCCUCUUACUCACAACCGCGAUUUUGGCCCAAAGAUGCUUCAAAGACGAUUGGAUCAAUACAUAUACAGCUCACACCAUCUUCGUCGUCUGUCGAUCCUGGUGGUCCACACUCCAGCCAACGAUUGUCAUACACGCAAGUAGAUCGUGUCAUCGAACGUGUUGAUACUCUUCUGCGGCAGAGAAUUAAUGGUUUGGAGGAGUUGACGAUACAGGCCGAGGAGGUCAAGGGUUAUACAACAACGUAACCAUGUAUGUAUAUUAUGACAUGAGAUUUGGAGCCUCAGUGUUGGAUGU